UAUGUUCAAUCCGCGAGGCAUUUAUAAAAAAAAAAAUAAAAAAAAAGGUCUAUAAGCGAUUCCGACAAAUGGAGAGCACCAGGAGUACAAGCAAUAAUGCCCCCACAACCACCCCGAUUAAAGCCCCCCAUUAAAACCUUCCCCGAUACAAACUUUCCCCAACGGCCGAAUGCGACGACGCUCCCGACGCCGUCCGAAGGGAGGGCGCUCAACCCUAAGCCGGGGAGCCAAUGCCGCCCACCGCCGGUACUUAUUAAAUUUGUCUAG